GCAAGUUAUAUUGUGGAUGUUCGUGGUGAUGUCGUACCUUUUCCUAACCCAUUUACAGACGAAUACGCUGGAGAAAGUAAACGGUCUGCAGUUCCUGGAUACUGUUGGCGAUGAGGUCCCAGAAUUCACGUGCAUAAUGAAAAUCGUUUAUUCUUAAAUAAGUAUCUUCCCGAGAAGCAAAGGAAAAAGUAUUCUUUCCAAACAAGUGACUUAACAGGAUAAUACAGUGUGGCAAUUUUUAAAAUUUCGACCGAAUGUUGGUGUAACAUACAAGGUGUGUAGUGAAAGUAUAAGGAUAUUUAUUGCGACAACAAUGUGGUUUGCUGUUUUAUCAGUCGUGAUUGUGUUAAUUUUGAAAGUGCUGCUUGAUUAUGGACGUUCGCGCAAAUCUCCUCCAGGUCCGCGAGGUCUGCCCAUCAUCGGAAACUUCCUCGACGUUGCUAGGUUGGUGAGGAAAGAAAAAUUGUUCUCUGACAUUUGGAACCGUUUGGCUGAAAAGUAUGGACCGGUUUGUAGCAUUAAAUUGGGCAUGCAGGAACCAACGAUUAUUGUUUCCGGAAAAGACGCUAUUACGGAGAUGUUGAAUCGACCAGAAUUUGAUGGCCGACCAAACGGGCCCACCUUUAAAAUCAGAUGUGGUGGCACGCCGCAAGGAUUAUUGUUCACGGACUCGGGUAUUUGGCAUAGUCAAAGAAGGUUUACAAUAAGAACUCUUAGGCAACUUGGUUUCGGAAAAUACUCGAUGGAUUAUAUACUUCAGCAGGAUGUGUGCACGUUGAUAAAUAUAAUAAUUGAAAUGACGAAAGAUGGAUCGCCAAUUAAUAUUUACUCCUUCAUUUGUCUCGCCGUUUUUAGUCACGUUUGGUUCUUGCUGGAAGGAACGAAAUUCGAUAUAGGCUCGGAGACUCCACAAUUGAAGGAAGCGAUAAGCAUAUUCAAGGAUAUACUUAGAAACGUGAACGUUUGUGGUGGCAUUGUCAAUCAUUUUCCUGUUUUGAGGUAUUUCUUCCCUCGCUUAACAGGACUUAAAUUAUUUGAAGAGCGACAAAAACGUAUAGAUGACUUCUUUUUGGAGGUGGUAUCUAAACAUAAAACGGAUAAAGUGUCUGGGGAAAGUACAAAUUUUGUGGACUCUUAUUUGGAGGAAAUAGAAGUACAAAACAAGAAGUCACUUUUUUCUUCUUUCAAUGAAAGUCAGCUGCAAUAUGUUUUGAAAGACUUAUUUGUUGCUAGUGUAGAUACAACAGACAAUAUGAUUGGUUUUGUCAUAGCAUACCUCGUAGUACAUCGUGAUGUACAACUUAAAAUUCAGGAUGAAAUCGAUAAAACCAUAGAGAGAAGUGUUUGUCCAUCUCUUAGUGAUAAAAAUCGAUUACCAUACCUGAAUGCAGCCUUGACUGAAGUAUCGAGACUGGCGAACGUUGCUCCAAAUAGUCUUCCUCAUCGAGCAUUGUCUGAUUCGAAUUUAUUAGGUUUCGAAAUAAAACGGAAUUAUACAUUAAUAGCCAACUUCAAAAGCGUUCAUUUGGACAAAGAGCAUUGGGGCGAUCCAGAAGUAUUCCGGCCAGAAAGAUUCAUCAAUAAGGAAGGAGAAUUUGUUGACGACCCGUGGGUUAUGGCGUUUGGAAUAGGUCGCAGAAAAUGUCUGGGUGAAACGAUGGCAAGAAAUACAGUUUUUCUUUUUAUAGCAUGUCUUUUGCAAAAACUCCAUUUUACGUUACCAGAAAAGCACCCAAAACCUGAACUCCACGGAAUCGACGGUUUCCUUACAUCGCCGCCUAAAAUGGAAAUUAUCGUCACUCAAAGACAGUGAUUUUAAAAAUCAAAACUAUAUGUUUAUUAAUUUAAAUAUUCGAAGAAAGUUAAUUAUCUUCAAUUGUAAAUUGAUGUAGGCGUAAUUAAUUUCAUUUUCUUUAUGACGAUCAGACUAUUGGGGCAUUAUCUUUAACAAUUCAUCAUCUUGGGUACAUUAUUCAUGACACAGAGUAAACGAAAAUAAAUAUAUCUUAUAUAAUUCUAAAAUCCGGAAUACAAUAUUUUUCUUUUCGAUUCACGUAUGUUUGAAUUUAGCGGUAAAUCUAUUUAAGAGGAUUCAGUUCCUCGUUUCAUUGUAAGAUGGCGUGGAAAUAUUGUUAAAUUAUGAGUCAAUAUUUUCUUGUAUGGAUUUACCACGUUUAUGCUUUAUCAGAGGAUUCGAAUUUACGACUGAUUUAAAAUAAUCAAAAUUGAUACUGUAAUCGUCUUGUUUAAAAAUAAAAAAAGUCAAUUUUCUGACGAAAUAAUAUUAAUCAAUUUCGAUAAUAGUGAAAGACGAAGAGGAUUGUAUUAGAGUUUAUUAAUAUAAAAAGAAAAAAUUUGUUUACCUGUAUUUACAUCAGUGUUAAAUGACGAAUAUAAAUAAACAAAUCAUAUUUUGUUGAUCAUAUUGUUCUAAAAAUACUGCAAAGUAUGUACCAUUUUCAUUGAAAUGCUGCUAUGAACCAAAUGUAUCUACAUGUUUAACAAAAAUAAGAAUGAUAUAUUUCAAGGUAUUAAGGGUUCACACAUAUUGGGCAAUGUCAGCUUAAGUUACAUAUUACUGUAGAUUCUACGCAAUUAAUGGACAUUUAUGUAUGAUAUUGGGUAAUAUGGCAAAAAAAAGUUCAGAUGAAAUUGUUUUAUGUUAUUAUGAUUGUGUGCUUAGAAGAAGCGAUGUAGCAUUAUUACAAGGAACACAAUGGUUGAACGAUGUUAUAAUAGGAUUUUAUUUUGAAUAUUUGGAUGUCACAAUUAAUAAAAAUGAAAAAA